CCUCAGACUGGCUGCUGGCCACUCAUGUCACAGCUGAUGCUCCAAAAUAGCCCCGUACCAUUCCGCAAGCAUGCUAAGCGCGAGCUACUUUUGUUUCUUCGGGUCAUCUGCGCCCUACUUGGCAACAGUGCACUAUGGGUGAUUGUGGCCGCGGCUCACUUUUUUUCCAUCGCAUCGCAUUGUCACUUUUUGCCGUUUUGAACGCUGACUGAAACGGUGUACAGGUACAUUUGGAAACGCAGGCACACCCCCACGAUACCACGGUACCAAAUCUGCCAAAAGUAUCACCUACACCACGGCUCACUGCUCGCCUAGCACACUUGCCGUGCGCCAAACGCCCGUUGUGCCCCUCUGAAGGUUCAAACGAUCCACCCCCUGAACUCCCUGCGCCAGCCAGCCGAGGGACGGAGCCUCGCAGUUGGCGCGACGCAAACCACCUCAGAUCCAAACCCCUUGCUCUGGACUAUAUUAUCACUGCCCAUUACCCUCUGACACCAUGGCGACUCAAUACCGCAUUCCAGAAAAAGAGCCUUUGCUCGCCGCUCAUUCCAGGCGCCCCCAUCAGGGAGGUGAACCAGCUUCUCACAUUCAUUCAGAGAAACAGUCGAUUCUUUCAACUUUUCCACCGUCUCCUUCUUCAGAUCUUCGUUGCGAGAUCAAAGACAAUCAUUUCUUUUCACUUUCGUUACAAACUCAGAUUUUGCUCGGCAUCAUGGUCGCCAUUCCGACGUACCUCUUGGCCUCCACGGCCGUCUCCAGCCUGGGGCCCUUGACCCCUCGUGGUACUGUUAUACGAUCACCGGACCCGUUGCCACAGUCAUCCUCGUCAACUUUAUUGUCAAGUCCUGAUUCAAGUCCUUUUGCCUCUAUCCUGGGACCCCAUAUCUCAUCCAACUUCCCCGAUCCAGCUGUCAUCUAUGUUGAUGGCGUGUCCUAUGCUUUUGCGACCAAUAAUCGAGCCCUUGGACCGGACUUGGUCCAUGUUCAGGUGGCCACCUCGACCGACAACCAGACCUGGACACUGCUAGAUCACCAUGACGCUCUUCCUACUUUAGGGGCAUGGGAGACAGGCGCUGGCGUCUGGGCGCCAGAUGUGGUCCAACUGGACGAUGGAUCAUUUGUUCUCUACUACGCCGAUAAUGUCGCCUGGUCUCCUGCACAUCACUGUGUAGGUGCAGCGACUUCUCAGAAUGUUCUGGGACCCUAUGUCCCACUUGACACUCCUUUCGCUUGCCCGGACGUCAAUGCGCUCGGUGGAGCUAUUGACCCCGACGGCUUCCUCGAUGAAUCCACCAAUAAACGCUAUGUCGUUUACAAAGUCGACGGAAACUCCAUUGGCCACGGCGGCUCCUGUGGCAAUACCGUUGCGCCCAUCGUCCCAACACCCCUAAUGCUCCAGGAAGUCGGCCCUGAUGGCAUCACUCUUGUCGGAGACGCCGUGGAGAUCCUGGACCGCGACGAAUUUGACGGACCAUUGAUCGAGGCGCCGUCGCUCCAUCGUUCCGACGAAGGGAUCUACUUCCUGUUCUUCAGCAGCAAUUGCUUUACGACGCCCAAAUACGACGUCUCCUACGCUACUGCGACGAAUGUCUGGGGACCUUACACUAAAUCAAGCCGCCCAUUGCUGGUUACCAGUGAUGCUGACCUUACCGGACCAGGCGGUAUGGACAUUGUCAAGGGCGGCAAUCUGAUCCUCUUCCAUGGUCAUAUGACCAUCAACAACGACCCUACAAUCAAGAAGGAGGCCGAGUCCCUUGCAGCCUCGACGAACACGACGAUCAAUAACGUGAACCUGCCUUUGGUGAGAGGUAUGUGGUCUGGCACCGCAACCUUCCAAGGGACGAACGUCUUGUUGUCAUGAUCGUCAUUCCUGGGUCUUUACUCGUCUUACAUCAUGUGCUACCUGGUGUCUAUUUGUGCAGUCUUUAUUUUUGCAGCGUUCAAGCGAGCUUUCCUUUUUGCGUCUAUAAGACAGAUACCCUUUGUGGUGGCAUUCUGAUCUAUGUUUGAUGAAGCAAGCAUGCGACCAUCAGUCUUUUCAUGAGGAACGAGAUCAAAAUUAGAGCAUAGAAGUUAACAAUAUAUGUAUCAUUACUUAAC